AUACAUAGCGUAUUGCAAGCACCGCGUUGGCGUGUAAUCAGAGCAAGUUUUGAUAGACCGUUAUAAUAACGCCUCGAUUGAGAGAGAUUUGUGUAUACAUGUGUAUUCUAAUCAUCAUGGCCGUGUCUCAUCUUCCUCUUCCCACAGCACAAAGGCAACACAACGAGCUCGCACAACGCUGCUUUUCAUUUGAUGUUUAAAUGAUUUUAACAAACAAUGAUCUGAAACGGAUUUUCAUAUCGACAUGGGAUUUCAUUUCAAUCCAAGAUUUAGUUCUUUGUCAAGUGUGUUCCCUCUAGUGAGCUUUCGAUAUGUGGGAAAAGUGCUACAGAUUUUAAUGGUUGUGUAUUUUGAAUUCAGUUGGAGUUUUAAUAUUGACAUUACACGACCUCUAGUCUUUAAGGGGAAUGCUGGAACAAAUUAUGGGGCUGCGGUGGAUUUAAUAAAUAAUACUGAUGGAAAAUGGUUGUUAGUCGGUGCGCCACUCGAUACCCUAUCCUACGCUAGUGAUUUCAACAGAACCGGGAGUGUGUUCUUGUGUCCUGUACAACUUCAGAGGAAAUUUACAGAGAUCAGUAAUUGUUCAGAAUUGCAACUGCAGCAGUUGCAAAAAAAAAUUGUUUCAGAUGAUUCCAAAUUGGGUGCCACUUUAAUGGUUCUGAAAAACACCACGCUAAUAUGUGCUCCCGGAUAUCGAAACCCUUACAAGAAUGAUGACACUUCCGGUGCGUGCGUGUACUUUAGAAACGAGGACACGGCCUCGAUCUCUAAUCUGCUUAUUCGGAUCACACCUCCAGAUGAGUAUUCCUUUUCCUGGUCCAUGUUCGGAUUUUCAACAGCACCAGGAAUUAAUGAAACAUUCCCAUACACCAUUGGGGGACCAAACAGUGGGCACCAAGCCGGAGGAUUGGCCACAUUUACAACUUCACGCCGGGGCCUGACGAGUCAGAGUGUGAAAGGAACGGAAGGGCGACAACCGGGGUCAUACUUUGGUUAUUCUCUAGCGAGUGGUAUAUUCAAUGGAGACAAGUUUUACUAUGUUGCUGGACGACCUGGAUUCGCAAACAAGGAAGGAAAUAUCGGAAAUGUCGAGAUUUUGGAAUUCUUUAGCGCUGGAAUAAAGACAACGCAGAAGCUCAUUGCUGGCUCUCAGCUUGGCGGUGGUUUCGGGCAUGCAGUGUGUGUGGCGGACGUGAAUGGAGACAGUAUUGACGACGUCCUGAUUGGUGCUCCUUUAGAAUAUGUCAACCAAUCAAGUGGAAGCAUUAUCGUGGAUAGUGGUUCUGUUUACAUAUAUCUCGGAACAGGAUCUUCUGACAUCAUAAAGGACACGCCUUUUGCGAUUAGAGGGAUGAUGAAACCAUGGGCACGAUUCGGAACUGCUAUUGUUAAUCUCGGAGACAUUACAAACGAUGGAAUAUCAGAUAUUGCAAUCGGAGCACCUUUUGAAGACGGCCACAGAGGCGCUGUAUAUAUAUAUAAUGGCUUUAAUGAUAAUUUCCCAAAAUCGUGGCCAUAUUCGCAGAGAAUUACGUCAGCAGAUUUUAACCUAGAAAUCAUAACCUUUGGAUAUUCACUGUCAAAGUCGCGGGUGGAUGUUGACGACAACCUUUAUGGAGAUUUGGCAGUCUCUGGUUUCAAAUCAGACCAAGUUGCUGUUCUCCGGACACGCCCCGUGGUUCAUGUUGCUGUGGAUAUACUGUCGACACCAGGAAUCAUUCCCAUCAAUUCUACUGGGUACGACUGCAAUGACGGAUCCGACUACCCCUGUGUCACUCUAAACUUGCGAUUUCUCGUGACCGGAAGAGGGAUCGAGAACGGAGUAUUGGCUGAUCUGCUGGUGGAUGAUGAGGUUCCGCCAAUCUUGCAUUCAGAUGUUGUAACCAAACUAUACAAAACGCUUCAAAUCAAUCUUAACUGUUCCUACUCUCCCUGUGAGCCAGAUUAUGUGGCAAUGUUGCGCUCAGCGGACAGCAACAUGACCCUGCAAAUCAACCAGGAACUAGAAGUGGAGGUAGAGUUGAUAAAUGCCGGAGAUCCGGCUGACAAAACGCACUUCUUUGUAGAAACUUUUCCCAAGAUGGACUUCUCAAGGAUAACAAAGGGCUCCAAUGACCUGCAAUGCUCCGAGAUCAUGUAUUGUGCCAUGCGUCCUGUGAGAUUCUAUGCUCACCAACAUUAUCGAUUUGUAUUGAAUUUUUUUGUUGACCCUGAUGCAGUUGUGACGAGUAACUCCGAUCAUGUAAAAGUUCAAAUCACGUUUAAUUCCUCGGGGGAUGGAGACAACAGAAAAGAGAAGACGUUCACUAUGAUGGGCUAUUUCAACCUUCAUUCGGAUGCGAGGGUUGUUGGCGGUUCCGAUUUGCCGGAUUUGAUCUUAUCAUCCGGUUCGGAAACUAUAAUAAAGUAUUCUGUAAUAUACGACAUCCAUAAUGAUGGACCCAGUCCCCUUGGAGCCAAUCUGAAAAUAAGUAUACCCAGCGAUAAAGGGGGAAAUAAAGUUGUCAAGGGGUUUUCAAUUAAAAGAGGAAACUGUUUGGGAAAUUUGGAAUUUACCUUCCGACCCAUGGACAGCCCUGGCAAUUUGAAAUCACAACCCUUAACGAGUAACAAAAUAUCAACAGACAUCCACUGUGGAAUGGCGGGGAUCGACUGCACCUACCUGACGUGUAACUUAAGCUUCAUCAAGACGUCAGAGUUGGAAAGUGUGGAAUUUACUCUGGACCUCGAUUCCAAUGCUUUAUCAAAUGUUCUUAAGGAGUUGAAAGUGGACGCUGCGCAAUUUGUCACGUCAGGGGAGGUUAUUCUGUUCAACAAUAAAAUCCCAGCUUCCGUAAACGUCACAGAUGAAGGAAAGGUAGCUCUUCGAGUGUCACAAGGUUCUUCCGAACUGGAGACCACUGACAUCCUCUGGUACACUGUAGGGGGCAGUGUGGGGGGAUUCCUGAUCCUCGUCAUCAUUGUGCUUAUUCUAUGGAAGUGCGGAUUCUUCAACCGGAAGCGAAGAGGAGACAUUGACAGGGCCAAACGUCAGUCUCAAAUGAAACAAAGGCAAAGUAAAAUGAUGUCACAAUUUGUGAGUAAAGAACUCAAUAAAGGCCAUAGUUCUUCCGCCAAUGGGGAGGACAGAAAAACGCAAUCGUUCCGACAGAGCACCAAAGAUUAUCCAGAUUUAGAAGUUCAGGAUAGAUAGCAAGAGAAAAUAGGGCGAAAGUGUGGAAAACUGGACUGCUCUCCAUUUACUCAAUAGCGUGCCAUUGACGUGACGUCAGGAAUGGGGAAUCAGUGGAUAGGCGGAUCAUUCCAUUUAUACCGGUGAAUAUGUGACGUAAAAGUGUUCGACGAUUGUUAGAUUAUUGUUCAAAUGGAGAUAUGAAACUACAUACUUUUAUUAUCUAAACUAUUCUGUGUGAGGGAGAAAAUCGCCAUUAUCAGACUGUUUCAGACAUACGAAGGAAUGUGUAAUGAAAGCAAAUUUGUUUUGAGAAAGAGUGAUGCAUUGCAUAUUUUACGCCUGGUCAAUAUUUCGGACAGACGUUGCAAUAGAUUUUUCUAAACAUGUGUUAUUUAAGACAUUUCUUCAACAUUUUUGUAUUACAUUUUGAAUGAAAGAACUAUUAAAUAGUUUGAAAACGUC